GCAAAUCCAUCCAUCCUUGUCAGCGACCGAGCGGCCACUGGCAGGCAGGGGAGGCUUCCAUUCCAUCAUCAUGUCCGCACACAGGCACACUCUCACAUACGCAUAAGCAUGCACCCACCUCCCCUACCCUACCUAGUAAAACCUUCUGAGAUGACAUGCGCAAACCACCUCGUCUCAUAGCCGACGCCUGCUGGGCACAGCUUCUCGUCAACAUCGUCGGUGGCGACGCCAUGCCGCGAACCCAUCUUCAUUACCCACGGCAACACAUUCACGCACCUCGUCCCGCAUGAGCGGGGACUCGGACCCCGUCGGAUCCGACCGACCACCGGCGGCCUCGACUUGUGUCGAGUCUGGCAUCAAAGCAGACGCCGAUGCCUCCCGAGACAGCCCGCGACAGGCGAACAAGGCAGUCGCGAUGAAGAUUCAGCGGCUGUUCAUCUAUCCUGUCAAGUCCAUGCUGCCCGUCGAGGUGUCCAUGGCCGAGAUCACGAGCGAAGGCCUGCGCUUCGAUCGCCAGUAUGUCCUCAUCAAGGCGCCGCCUGGGCUGAAGGAGGACUCGGUUGCAGAGCACCUGACCAUCAAGACGACGUUUCGCAUGUGCCUCUUCCAACCGUCCAUCAGCGACGACUGGUCUCGUCUCACUAUCACGCAUACUCUAGCCGAGCCACAGACGUCCAUGACCAUACCUCUCACACCAUCGCCCCUUUCCUGCGUCAAGUCCAGAACUUAUCAAGUCAGCAUCUUCGGUACCAGAGCCGCCGGCGUAGAUAUGGGAGACGGCCCCGCCGCCUUUUUCAGCAAACACCUUGACAUGCCUGUCAAGUUGCUGUACAUAGCGGGCGAUGGAAGCCGCGACAUUCCUGGCGCUACGGGUCUCAAGCAGCCGCACAUAUCGUUCAAGACUAAGCAAGCCGGCGAAAAUGGCAAAUCUACCAUUCAACGCAUCCGAUUUGCAGACGCGUCGCCUCUCUUAGUGACGUCAACGGCCUCAGCGGCUGACGCGCUGUCCCGGCUCCCCACGGGCGUGCGCGAUCAAGACGUCAUUAUCCGGCUCCGUCCAAACAUUCACAUCGACGUUGGCCCGGGUGUCGGGGCCUGGGACGAGGAUGAGUGGGGGAAAUUGUUCGUCUCAUCGCCAGGUUCAGAUCUUCACAAGGCCACUAUUCGCUGCAUAUUUCGAACCCCGCGCUGCCUCAGCCUGAAUGUGGACCUCAAGACUGGCAAAGCAGCGCCACGAGAUCAGCAAUUGUACGGCCUAUUGGCAAAGGACCGGCGGGUAAACAGUGCUAUUCCCCACAAACCGGUCUUUGGACAGUACGCCACUGCCGGCCCUAUUGGUGCAAUUCUUCGAGUCGGAGAUGAAGUUCGAGUGGUAUGUCGGAUUCCCGCACAGGAAUCCGACAUAAGAUGAGACGUCAGUCAGAUCAUGACCUCAAAGAACCCAACUGGCUCACAAAGCUAUUUACCCACGACCGAUCCGCAGCGGUGCCGCGCUUACGCCGGGCCUCAACGGUCAAUGAUAUCUGCCGGAAACCCGGUAUGAUUGAAGGUAUGCCAAGGCGCAAGCGUGGGUGCGGAAAGACCUUCAGUCUUGCCGGGAGCUGUUGCACGUUAAGUGCUGUUGACCCAUGCGAGGGUCUCGGCUGCUAGCCAUGCAUUGGCGAGCAGCGGCGCAUGUCACUUGCGGCCGAGCGUCAGAGAAUGUAAAUGAUAGAUCUCUGUCUUUUGGAUAUAGAAGUGAAAUAAAAGAGAUAUAAGUGCACAGCUUCACGUCCCCUGCUGGAGCACGC